GCUACAAGAACGUCGUCUACUUUAUGGAGUGGGGUAUCUACGGCCGCAACUUCCACCUCUACGACCUUGACUGGUCGCGCAUCACGCACAUCAACUACGCCUUUGGCAAGCCCGCGACCGAUGGUACGGUUGGCAUCUACGACUCGUGGGCCGCCACCGACAAGCGGUACCCGACCGACUCGUGGAGCGACACGGGCAACAACGUGUACGGGUCGUUCGGCCAAGGCUUCAAGCUCAAGAAGCAGUUCCCGAACACCAAGUUUGGUCUCUCGAUCGGCGGCUGGACGUUGAGCGACCAGUUUAGCGGCAUCGCGAGCACCGAGGCCGGUCGGUCGACGUUCGCCAAGAGCUCGGUCAAGAUGAUGCUGGACCUCGGCCUCGACUUUAUCGACAUUGACUGGGAGUACCCUGUCGAGGGCGGGAACGACUCGCCGCCCGUGCCGCACCGUCCGGAUGACAUGCAAAACUUUGUGGCGCUGCUGACGGCGAUCCGGACCGAGCUCGCCAAGCUGCCGUUCAAGGCCGAGCUGAGCGUCGCGUCGCCGGCCGGUCCGGCCAACUACCGCCACUGGGACUUCAAGGCGGUCUGCGAGCAGCUCGACUUUAUCAACAUCAUGACGUACGACCUGGCGGGCAGCUGGAGCACGUACACGGACCACCAAGCCAACUUGUUUGAGGACCCCAACCACCCGCCGGGCGCCAAGUACUCGGCCCACGGCGCGAUCCAGGACUACAUCAAGGGCGGGUGCCCGAGCAACAAGAUCGUCAUGGGCAUUCCGGCCUACGGUCGGUCGUUCGAAGGCUCGUCGGGUCUCUACGGCAACUUUACACCGCCGACGGCCGGCUCGUGGGUCUCGGGGAAUGACGGCAAGGGGGUGUGGGACUACAAGGCACUGCCGCAGCCCGGCGCGACCGAGUUCUACGACGAAAAGCUCGGCGCCGCGUACAGCUACGACGCCAACCGCAAGGUCUUUACGUCGUACGAGUCGCCGACGAGCCUCGCGGCCAAGCUCGACUACAUCAAAAAGUACAACCUCGGCGGCACCAUGUUUUGGUCGGGCGACGCCGACGCCAAGGCUGGCACGCCGCGGUCGCUCAUCACGCAAGUGUACAACACGCUCGGGAAGGACAACAUGGCGUUCUCGCCCAACAACAUCAAGUACCCGACGUCCAAGUACGACAACAUUCGCAACGGAUCGACACCGGCGCCGACGAGCGCGAGUCCCGUGACGACCAACCCGACGCCGGUGACAACCAACCCGACGCCGGUGACAACCAACCCGACGCCCGUGACGACGGCUCCGGCACCCACGACGGCGUCGCCGAGCGACAAGUGCGAAGGCAACCGCAACGUGUGCUUCUGGCCGCUCACGCACCAAGUGGUCAACUACGGCAAGGAGGACUGCGUCAAGUUCUCGUCGUUUGUAUGGUGCCCGUAAGCGCGUCAGGUGCCGAGCUUGCAUGUACAGUCAGUCGUCGUCUGCUGUCGAAUAAUGCGUUUGAAUCCAUCACUAUGAGUUGUGA